ACCAUUGCUCUUCCCUUCAUUUGGAGACACAUUAAUUCUUCCUUCCAUCUCUUUCUCUCAUCAAACCAAACCAAAGGCAAAACACCCUUCAUCAUCGAUCACUUUGUGAUAUGUCUCGCAUGAGGCUAACCAAGAAGCUUCAACCUGCCAAGAAGGCAUGGAAGAGCUGCUCCAACACAGUCAAACACAAACUCCACAAACUCAACAUCCCCAAGGCUUUCAAAACCACCCUUCAACGCCUCCUCUCAGCUUUUCACUCCCUUGGCCAUCUCAUACACUCUAGACUUCAUCAUCAUCACUCACUCAUGACCACUACCACAAGGCCACGUGCCACUGCUUCUUACUACCACCAUGUUCAACACAGGCACUCAUCAUGUGCAGCCAUACACAUAGAUGACCUCUUUGACAAGGUUAACUCUGUGUCCAUCAUGCAUGAUGCCACCAACAAGAGAAGUGGUCAUGCACAAUUAGGGCAAGGAGAAACAAGCAAAAGCAAAGAGAAAGAGAAAGAGAAGGAACAUUGCAUUUACAAGGGUAAUAGUAUGGUUGGUGAGAGUAGUGACUUGAACACUAUAGAGGAUGCAUGGAAGGUUGUGGUUGCUAAGUCUCCACAACUACACGUGGAUGAAAAGGCAGAAGAAUUCAUAAGCAAGUUUCGUGAAGAUAUGAGGCUGCAGAAAGAGAGGUCAAUGCUUGAAUUCCAAGAGAUGCUAGCACGAAGUUCCUGAUUAAUAUUUGAUCUCAUCAAAUAUUCAUUUUCUAAUUUGACAUAUAUAGAGUGCAAGAUUGAUAUAUAUACAUGGUUUGAUACAUGAUUUUUUUUUUCUUUUCAUUUCAUUUUGGAUUCUAUUGGAAAACAAAGUGAGCACAUAAUUGUGUGAGUGAAGAUGUAUAGGAAAGUAGGCUUUGCGAGAGAUUUUUUUUUUCUUCUUUUAACAUUAUUUACUUGUAUUCAUUCUUCUUUUGGUUGACAGUAAGUAUGUCUGAUGGAUUGUGAUUGUUUUGGAAUCUGACAAUAUUGAAGUGUGUAUAGAAUGUAUUUGGAAGUGAGUUUUGUUAUAAGCUUUAUUUUCCUGGUGACACUUUUUUAUUUUCUUCAAUAUAUAAACAUGAUUUAUGCAUUA